AUGUCUGGUCACCUAAAUGGCUGUCAGGCUAAGUUUCAAGAGAAAGUUCCCAAGGCAGCAUAUUAUCACUGCGCGAGCCAUCAACCGAACUUGGCUAUUUCCAAGUCAUCCACUGUUCCCGACAUCUGCUGCAUGCUCUCUUAUCUAAAGGCUGUAGGUGAUUUCUUUAAGUAUUACCCCAAAAGACAACUACAUCUUGAGACUACAGUUUCGAAGGUAAAUGUUCAAAGGAAAUCACUUGGAGUCACGGAAGUGUCCCCUCACAAAGUAAGACUGAUGUGUGAAACGCGUUGGGUCGAGCGGCAUACUAUCUUGGUUGAAUUUGCUGAGAUGCAUGAACCUAUUGUAAACUGCUUUGAGACUAUAAGCAGAAACUCAAGUAGGGAGUGGAACGCCAAGAGCGUGACGAAGGCCAAUGAACUUCUCAAAGCUAUCUUGUCAGACCAAUUUAUUGCAGCAUUUCAGACAAAUCUCUACUUCUUUGUUUAUACCAAACCCCUAAGCUGCCUUCUCCAAUGCUCGACGCAAGAUAUUUUGACAGCUUACAAAGAGGUAGACGUUGCUAAGCGUGUUCUCAAGGACAUCCGAGCGGAUUCCAGCAAUGAAUACGACAAGGUUUACGUGUCUAUGUGUACAAUGGCUAAACUGCAUGGGAUGGAGGAAUUGACCGUGCCAAGGACGUGUAGUGGGCAAAGUCUUCGCUCUAACAUUGAGGUCGAGAACCCCAAAACCUACUGGAGGUGCACUACAUCUAUUCCUUUUCUUGACCACCUUAUAGCAGAACUUUCCACAAGAUUCUCACAACUUAACCAACAGGCUAUCAAGGGACUUCGGUUGUUACCUUGUAACUUGACCACUCUAACUGAUGGUGAGGUGGCUGAACUGUAUAAACGCUUUCACCAAGACCUACCAGCUGCGGAGGCAUUUGAACAAGAAGUAAAAUUGCAGAUUGAGAAAUGGAAACUAUUUCCUACACAGCUUCCUGACAAUAUCUGUGAAACUUUACAACAGGCUAACGACAAACUGUAUCCUAACAUUUGCACAUUGCUGAAGCUGCUACUUGUUAUUCCUGUCACAACUGCAAGCGUAGAGAGAGGUAACUCAUCCCUGAAGUACAUAAAGUCGGAGCUACGAACAACAAUGUUACAGGACCGACUUAAUGCACUUAUAUUACUGUUUAUUCACUAG